UAUUUACGAGACUUGAUAAUAACUCUUAUUUAUGAUAAAGGCGAAAAGAAAAAAUAUUAUAUGCACAAGAAAAUCGCUUUAUUCAUCAAGUUUUAUGUUAAUUACUGGCAAGAAAAUAUUAUAUUUUCAUAUAUUUGUUUUCAAAUGCCGAUGUUAUUUUUGAGUGCUUGCUUAUCGCCGCCUUUUUUUUUGUUGUUGUUGUUAGUAUCUUGGAUAUAUUCUAUAAAACUUUUCUUUUUUCUUUUUUCCUUUUGAUGUUUUAUCUAAUACCACUUUUAUAUUCCUUUCUCUUUUUUCCUUGAUUAGAAAAGUGCG